UGUAAAUAAUUCUUUGUUUAUUUUGUGCAUGUUUCAAUACAGUACCUAACUAACAAUUAUUGAAGUGAACGGACAUUAAGAAGCUGAUCAAGGCGAGCUCAGAAAGUAGUUAUGCUAUCAGCUAUUUAAUGUUUCUAAUCAUAAAUGUCAUAAGGUUUGUUAUUGCACAUGAGUAAUUUAGUGGCGCCUAUUCUACCCUUGUAGAGGUUUCCAUUCCGAGUAUGAUGUUUGAACAACGCCCUAUUGCAUAGUAUCUGACGUCACAAAGGUAUUUGGACCUACACCUACAAGUUCAAAUUGUAUAAAAGAUAAGUGCAGCGAGGAGUGUGCAGUAGUUAGUUUUGGAACUAAUAACAACACAGACCACAAUGUUCAAGCUGGUGGUGUUGUCCGUUGCACUCGCUGUAGCCUCAGCUAAUCCUAGUGGUAUUUGGGGAGGUCUGGCUACACCAUGGAAUGCUGCUAUCGCAGCACCAUUAGGCCUUGGUCUCGCUGCUCCGCUAGCCGCCGCUCCCCUUGCAGCUGUUGCUCCGGUUGGCGCGUACAACUACAGAGGCCCACUGUCUCUGGCUCCCGGUCAACCCGCUAACAUCUUGGCUGCUGACGGCAGGCCUCUGGACACCCUGAGCGUGAACCUUGACCGUGCGGUGCAUCUCAAUGCAAAGGCUGUUGAAGGUCACGGCCACUGGCUGAAGAAGAGGUCAGUUGUUGGCGCUCCCUUGAUAGCUGCACCUUGGGCUGCCCCUGUCGUUGCCUUGACGCACUCUUCCCGCAUCGACAUUCCUGCAGCGCGCUUGAUCGCUCCGGUUGGCAUCGCUGCUGCACCCAUCGCACCUUUGGGAUUAGGUGUACACGGUGCAAGUUUGGGUCAUCUUUGGUGA